UUCGCGGGCCUUACGCCGGGAGAAGGCAGGUGAUCAGGCAGGUUGGGGGUCCGUUGGACGGGCCUUAGCGCACUCCGCGCUCCUGCUGGGCGCUCAAGGAUGAAAAGGGGUCCUAGAAAGGGGUGGGGCCGGUAGCAGCGAGGCGAGCGCCAGGAUGCGCCUAGAGGCGGCCAGCGUUUGGACCUGCUCCGUUUCACCAGCCCCAGUUCCCUUCCCUUUUCCCUCUAAGGAUGGCCCAGAAGGAGAACACCUACCCCUGGCCCUACGGCCGGCAGACGGCUCAGUCUUGCCUGAACACCCUGCCCCAGAGAGUCCUCCGGAAGGAGCCUGUCACCCCAUCUGCACUUGUCCUCAUGAGCCGCUCCAAUGCCCAGCCCAUAGGUGCCCCUGGCCAGAAGGUGAUGGAGAACAACAGUGAGACCCCCAACAUCUCAAUGCGUUCCUUCACAAUUGAUGACUUUGAGAUUGGGCGUCCUCUGGGCAAAGGCAAGUUUGGAAAUGUGUACUUGGCUCGGGAGAAGAAAAGCCGUUUCAUCGUGGCGCUCAAGGUCCUCUUCAAGUCUCAGAUAGAGAAGGAGGGCGUGGAGCACCAGCUUCGCAGGGAGAUCGAAAUCCAGGCCCAUCUACAGCAUCCCAACAUCUUGCGUCUCUACAACUAUUUCUAUGACCGGCGAAGGAUUUACUUGAUUCUGGAGUAUGCACCUCGGGGGGAGCUCUACAAGGAACUGCAGAAAAGCCGCACUUUUGACGAGCAGCGAACAGCCACGAUCAUGGAGGAGCUGGCAGAUGCUCUGAUAUACUGCCAUGGGAAGAAAGUGAUUCACAGAGACAUAAAGCCAGAGAAUCUGCUCUUGGGGCUUCAGGGAGAACUGAAGAUUGCCGACUUUGGCUGGUCUGUGCACGCGCCCUCCUUGAGGAGGAAGACUAUGUGUGGGACCCUGGACUACCUGCCCCCAGAGAUGAUUGAGGGGCGCACACACAAUGAGAAGGUGGAUCUGUGGUGCAUCGGAGUACUCUGCUAUGAGCUGCUCGUGGGAAACCCACCCUUCGAGAGUGCUUCACACAACGAGACAUAUCGGCGCAUCGUCAAGGUGGACCUGAAGUUCCCCAGUUCCAUGCCCACGGGAGCCCAGGACCUCAUCUCCAAGCUUCUCAAGCAUAACCCCUCAGAGCGGCUGCCGCUGGCCCAGGUCUCGGCCCACCCUUGGGUCCAGGCCCACUCUCGGAGGGUGCUGCCUCCCUCAGCCCCUCAGUCUGCCCCCUGAGUUGUCCUUGUCAUGUCCUCAGGUGUGUCUGUGUUUGUAUGUCUGUGUACAUGUAGUUAGAAGGAGGGGUUGCCGGCCUGUUCCCGUAUCUGUCUCCUACCUCUUCUUUAUUUAAUAAAAGCUGAAGCUUUUUGUACU